AUGAUACGUAUACGUAUCGAGUCAUUUUCUCUCUUUUAUAUGCCGGUAAAUUUAACCCGCCUUUUUAUAUUUAUUUUUUCUAGUAUAUUUGCCUUUAUGCAGUACCACGUCUUCAGCCACCCGUACAUCUUAAUUGAAGAUUCCACAGGCAGGCACCGACCCUUUCACAGGGAAUAUAAAAGGGACAGUAAGGACACGAUGAUCCCAGAAAUAAACUUAUCCCAGCAGACACUUCCAAAGAAGCAGCGAUCUCUGAAGAAGCCAGGACUUUGUGAGCUAUGUGUAAUAAAAUAUGCAGACUAUGACCAGCACAUUACCACUGAGAAGCACUUAAAGGCAGAAGACCGCGUGGAGUAUGGGGAAUUAGAAAUUAUUGCAGAGUCACUGAGGGUGAAGGGAGAGAGGAGAAAACCAAGGAAACGGUUAUUUAUAUAA